AUGUCUGGCUCAGACUUGAAUCCUUGGGCCGUACUUGAUCCUACGCAUCUUCAGGCUCGCUAUUAUGCUUUCGAGAUGGGAAGACGAACCAACUGUGAAGCUGUUGCUGAUCAGAAGGUUUGA